AUGAUGGAUAAAAUUAUUAGAGAUAAUUAUCAGAGAGAAACUAAAAUUAUUGAUGCAGUAUAUCCUAGAACGUAUAGGGAUUCGACUAUUGUCCAUUCGGAUAGAUUACAAUGUGUAUAUGAUGUUUUCACCUAUACUGGUGAUAGGUUAAAUGAUGAAGGUGUUAAAAUGAAUUUGAUGUUUUUGCAUGGAAGUGGUAUGAAUAGAUUUAUUUGGGAUUACUAUGUUGCACAUCUUUUGGAUUAUAAAUUAGGAGCUGCGAUUAAUAAAAUUGUUACUUUGGAUCAAGUUACCCACGGUGACUCUUCGGUUUUAAAUCGUGGGAAAUUGGGGGUAGGUUAUGAUUGGUCAGAUGGUGCUAGAGAUGCCUGUAAAGUUGCCCAAAAAGAAUUCUAUUCUGGAUUAGAAGAUAAUUCUGAUGAUAUUAUUAAUAUUGUAGUCGGGCAUUCGAUGGGUGGAUUCCAAGCCAUGUGUUGUGGUGUUUUAUUGCCAAGUUUAUUUGAUUUUAUUGUCACCAUUGAACCAGUAGCUUACUCUCCAAAUGUGCCAAAUAAUUCCAAUGUUACUGUCUUACCACCAAAGUUCUUCAAGGCUAUUGCCUCAAAGGUUGAAGAUGAGUUCAAAAAUGAAGCAGAGUAUGAUAAAUUUAUGCAUGAAAGGAGCUUUUUUACCAAGACACAUCCUGAAAUUUUUGAAAGAUUUAAAGAAACUGAAAGAAUAAAUAUGGAGGAUGGCUCCAUCAGAACCAAAAUGGAGAGAAGACAAGAAAUGUUAUGUUACAUGACAUUACAUCCGACUUCAUACUGGUUACUAGAUGGUGCAAAACACAUUAAGGUUCCUGUAGUUAGUCUAGUUGGAGGUAUCGCUACUUGGGCACCAAAGGAAAAUCAACAGGUAUUGCAAAAAUCGAUUCCAAACUAUACCGUUGAUGUUGUACCACAAGGUGAUCAUUUAAUGAACAUUGAAAUGCCAGACGAAAUGUUGAAAAGGUUAUCAGUUCAUUUUACAAAGUUUGCUAAAGAGUAUCAAUCGAAAAAUUACGAUAAUUCAAAUAAAAGUGUUGCAAGAAGAGAGGAAAUAUUUGAGGAAAUCUACAAAGAAACAGAAAGAAAUAGAGUUAAAAAUGGUAAACCUGUUUUAGCAAAACUUUAA